GCGGGUUUAUUGAACACUGGCGGGCUUUGUGUUUGUAUGAUUGUUGGUUUAUGGAGUGUACAAAAGUUCUAUAGCAAUGUCCAGUGAUACGCAGAGAGAUUUACUCCUUGGUAUGGAUAGUAUGAUUACCAAAUUACUCACUGCUGUUCGAUUUGAACGCAGGAUAUAUGACAAUUCUUUUCAUGAAGUUGGAAGUUCACCUGAGAUUUCCGACGUAAAUAGUAGAGAAAGGAAAACGACAUCUUGUAAAGCUACACAAACUGUACAAACAUUUCCAGUAUCUUCCGAUAUAUGUGAUCCAUUAAUUAAUUUGAGGCUAAACAAAGACUCUGUCUCUCAACAUAAGUGUGACGUCUCAAAGUAUGCAUCAUCCGGUUUUACUUCAUCUGGACACCGAUCAUGUUGCUCAUCGAUAGCCCAUCGUUGUGAGGAAGAUAUCAACAAUCGCUUCACAAUAGCGUGUCCCUCACAUCCGAGCUUAUCAUGCUCAUGCAGUUUUAAACUAUACCACGAUAAGUAUUGUUCUACUCCUAAGUGCAAUAAUAUUAAUUUGAGUCGAACCGGUUAUAUAACAACUCACUCCAACCAUAUUAUAUCAGCCGAUGUUAAGGAUUCUCGCAACGAACGUCAAACGUCUUCCACAAGUGGUUGUUCUACUGCUUGUUCUUCCUGUCAAAGACAUACAUGUGGUUUGGUCACUCCGAAGUAUCCCUCCGAGUUGUUUCCUAAUAAAUCUGAUUGUUCUUGCUCUUGUAAUAUGCAUGUCUUAUCAAAACUCUCUUAACGUCAUCUCAUAAAAUGCAUUUGUACAGAAAAACUAUGUAUUUUGUAAAUUUGUGCUUUUUCAUUUCCCCUUAUUUUGUUACCCCAUUUACAAGUAUACCUCUUUUGUUAAA